UUUGGUUAACUCUUAUGAUCGUAUCGCUGGGUAAAGGGACCAUUUCAAACGUUACACGACAGUGCGAAUUAAAAUUUGUAAAUAUGUAUCACUGUCUUAUAUGUAGGCUUAGUAAACGCUUAAUACACGCAUUCCUUCAAUUAUGAUGGCCAGAAUUCCAAAUUCUGUGUGUUAAAACAUUUCCGUUCACUUAAAUUUUCAUUGAUGUGCAUUAUUAUAUGCACCAAGUCUGUAAGACUGACUUCGUGAUUAUAUGGUACCACAUAACCAAAACUGUCAGAAAAGAAAAGUAUUCCAGUGUAAAAUGUUCCUUACUCUGCUCAUAAUCGUACAUUGUAGAUUUGUUAAAAACAAUAAUUGGACUCGUGCCGAGCCGGGCGUGUGCGCAGUGCGCAAUAAACAUAGAAACAAAACAUGAUAGGGUUGCUAGGUCGCGAUCAAUAAGCUGCGCCGCUCAACUCCGUAGUGAUGGUGGUUAAAAUUGAAAGGGUGUGGUAAAGCACAGUAAUUUUGGAUUAACCAUUAGGAUGAAUGUUUACAAAAUCAGCGGUAGAAUCGGGCAAGGUGCCCAUGGCAUUGUAAUGAAGGCAAUCAAUGUUAAAACUAAUCGAGAGGUUGCCCUAAAAAGAAUUAAUUACAGACGACCAAGUGAAUUAGUACCGAUGCAUGUUUUUCGAGAAAUAUUGUGCCUUAAACUUGUGGAUCAUCAUUUUGUUGUGGAACUUCUAGAUGUGUUCACUCACAGCCUGGGAUGCGUGCUAGUUUUUGAUUUUAUGCCAUCAGGCCUGGCGGAAAUGAUCCAGGAUGACGAGUUUGAGCUGGGCGAAGCAGAAAUCAAAAGUUAUAUGCUCAUGUUGCUUAGUGGCAUUUCACAUAUUCACAGUAUGCACAUCAUGCACAGAGGUGAAAAUGACAUUGAACAGCUUGCGUUAGUUUUGUACACACUUGGAACUCCAACUGAAACAACCUGGCCUGGCUUGUCAUCACUGCCAGAUUAUAACAAAAUCGUUUUCCCCGAGAGUCCUGGCAUCCCGUUUCCUGAGCUUCUGCCUGAUUCAGAUUCUGAAAUUGUUGAUCUUAUUAGCCAAUUUUUGUGUUACGAUUCAUCAAAACGUCCUACAGCUAUUGAGGCAAUGCAUAAUGCCUAUUUCUUUAAGAAACCAACACCAUGCCCAUUAUGCAAUAUGCCAAAACCGAAAGCAGACCAUAGAAGGCAACUGGCAAACAAGCCAAGUUAUUUGAAUGUAGAUUCAUCAAUGGAAGAGAUCUUUCAAGACCUAAAUGAAUUAAUCUCAUAUGAAUUAUCAUCUUCUUCAUCACAGUCCUCAGAUUGGAGUUUUAGCAGAUCUCAAACUGGGCAAGCUGGUUUCACUGCAUGCAAUGAUGUGCAUCUUGAUGCUUUCAACUUAAUUGUUACUUAUGAUGUGCAGGCUGUAAAAUACACAGGCAGUGGUAUCUUAAUUGCAAAUCUUCAAGGUAUUGAAAAAAAUGGCAUUGAUGCAAAGACACUUGUAAAAAUAUCCAGCCAACAUAUUUUCAUUAGCAACAAAGGGGAGGAAAAAAAAAAUUUAAAGGAUGUUGCAGUUUAUUAUUAA